AUGUCGUUGAGAAGAGUGAAUCCCCGUGAGUCUGAGAGGGUGCGAAGCCAGAAUGGAGGUGUCGGCGCAGAACGAAUUCGUUCUGGUGACGUGAGUGAGGCACUUACCGGGGUUCUUCGCGAGGAGACCCGACUCCCUCGUGCUCCUAUUGGCGGAGAAGGGAAGGAUCUUGGAGGAGAAAAAGCGGCGGUUCGUUCGAGCUCGUUCAGUCCGACUGGCUCAGAAGGUCGAGACCGUCCCCCGAAGAAGGCGAAAGUAACUGGUGCUGACCAUCGCCCUAGCUUCUCGGGUGACGGCGUUGUUGCGAAACCAUUUCAUUGGCAAUUCUCUCAUUCCAAGGAUUGCCCAAUUUCGGAAGAUCCAUACAGCAUUGCUCAUCUGGUUAGGCAUUUUAAGCCAGCUGGGUGUCCGCUUCCUUCUCUCCGGAAUAUGACCGAGCCUGACGCCUAUGUUAAGAUGGUUGUUGCACACGCUAAGGUCAUCUUUUCGAUACUUGCUAUGGAGGCUAACAACGAGUUCGCGGCGACUUUGGAGAGGCGUCUGCUGGACGUCCCGCGCUCCGACGAGCUUUACGAAAUCAAGAAGGUGAUUCGGGAGCUGAAACUUGGUCUGAAGAUGGCUCAGGAUCGGGAGCGUGCUAACGCCGCUCAGCUGGCCACUGCUGAGAGGCUAGGUAAUCAGGCUGCUUCGCUCGAGGCUCGUUUACGAGUCGUGAGUAACGAGAGGAAGUCGGCCCUCGAGCAUGUUUCUUUUUGGGAGGCGAAGGUCGAAUCUUCCGCUAGUAAAUUCUCUGAUGACCUUCGUCGCACAACUUAUGAUGCUAAAAAGGCUUUGGCAGACAGCUACUUGGAUGUGCUGAUAUCUCUGAAGGAGACGUGGGAGAAGAAGAAGGCCGCAACUGAUUGCGAAGCUCGUCUUAAGGAGGUCAUGGCGAACAUAGAUCUCUUGAAGGAGAUCAUGAACAACAACCUUUUGGCUUCGGAUGAGUUGUUGCGUCUUCGAACGAAAGAGGCCGAGCUUGGUUCCCAGCUCGAUAUGAUGGCGGUUUCGGAUUUCUCCGUUGAGAAGCUCGAUCUGCCUCAGAUUUUAGAGGAUCAGCCAGAAGAUUUCUUUGCUAAAGUUCCUUCCGUGGUGAAUGACACGGGUAGCGAUAUGAAGCGCGCGGGCGGCCAGUUCGAGAACAGUGGAUUUGACAUCGAAGAGUAG